AUGACACGACAAAGUGGCCUUCCUGAACCAAGGUUUAAUGUUACAUUCCUCGUUCUGCUUAUUAUCUCUGGUCUUACUGUAUUGACGAAUGCCCUUAUUCUGACAGGCUUCUACUUCCAGAGGAAACUAAGGAGUUACACCAACUACUAUAUCAUGAACAUCGCCAUCGCAGACCUACUUGUAGGCCUGAUCAUGAUGCCACUCCGUUCGCUGACCUUUUUUUACGGGACAUGGAUCUUCGGGCACACUGGAACUGUCUUCAUUUUAGGAUUCCAGAAUACUUUGCUGAGUGUAUCUGUAUUUGGUGUAAUCGCUAUUUGCCUGGAUCGGUAUAUAGCUACCUUCUAUCCCAUCGAGCAUUUCCAACGGAAGAGUAUCCGCAAGGCUACCUUGGUAAACAUUAGUACCUGGGUGAUAUCCUUUGCCGUGUGGUUUCUGGUGUUUUCUGUAUGGGAUCUCGUGGAUUCUAAUGAUACUCGCGCACCAAAUGGCUUGUUUAAACCAAACUACUCGCUCAGAAAAUCAACUAUCCUAUUGGUAUCCAUCAUUAGAGCACUUGGACCGCUUCUUAUGAUAUUUGGACUUUACACUCGUAUUUACCUCCGUGUCAGGUCGAUUGGAAAGAGGCCCAUCUCAACAGGUCUAAAGACGAAGGAAAGCCGUAAUAGCGUUGCACUUGUAAGACAGCGGGAAAAUGCAGAAUUAGCUUAUGCGAGUAGCGCACAAGAUAGGGACAAAGAUAUCGAUGAUAACUUCAAGAACCCCGAGGGGAAAGUAACAUUAGGCCAAGAUAUUUCAGGUAGGCCUUCUAUGCCUACCGACAACGUACCAGAUAUAAGCACAGAAAAUUCCCUAUCUCAUGAUAGAUCCAGGAAUUAUCGUCCAAGCAUGGAAAAUACCUCAUCUCCUAAAAGAAUCAUCGGGAAAUCAUCAAAAGCCGAUGGAGCUUCGAUGAAGGGCCAAAAAGCAAUGAGGACCUUGACGUUAAUAGUUCUGGCUUUCUUUGCAACCUGGUUACCAAAUACCGUCGACCUCCUGGUAGCUACAGUAUAUAAAGAAUAUUUUGGCAUCAUGAAUGAGUUAUUUCCAGUCUCGGAGCUAUUUCGUUGGGUAACCUACUGCAACAGCCUGAUCAAUCCAGUCGCAUACGCAAUGGCUCAGCCCCUAAUUCGACAGACUGUCUUAAGGAUACUCCGUUGUAAAAGAUGA